CUUACCACAUUUCGGCGAAGACUCUGCACGUGCAUUUCGCCGUUUUUUUUCGAUUUCCGUGAAUUCUCGUUACCCAAGUUAUCAAAAUGAUGCGAAAUAUUCCUCGUUGUAUAGUCCGAUUUUGUUCGCAACCAAGUGCCACACAGGUGCAAUAUCAAGGUUUACGGUCAUUGUACACCGCUGAAUCUCUUGGUUUAGAUGGUUUUGCUGCAUCUAGGAGCAAAACUGCAGUGAAUUUUCAUGGCUCACAAAUGAAAGAAAAGUUCCGUUCCCGAAUGCAGGAAUUUGUUGCUCCUGAUUCAACAAGCUUAAUUUUCACAGAUGACUUGAAAACUAUGAUUAACCUAGCAGAAAAAAACCCAGAAGACAUCAAAUUACUUGAACUGAUGAUUGAGAAGUUUCAUAACCAGAGCACUGGUUUACGAUUUGGAACUUUUGUUUUUGGUCCAGUAAUUAUGCGUUUUUUUCACUCAGUUAACCAGCCAAAUGAAGUUUUGGCUUUGUUGAGGAAUCCAAAAACUGUUUCUCUGUUUGAUCAAUUUAUGAGCUAUCAAAUCGCCAUGGAUCUUCUCCUAAGGAACAAAAUGUACAACGAAGUAAUGGAGGUGUUUGCUAUAGCCCAAGGACGCAGUAUUCAGGACAACAAAUUCCCUAAGAACUGCGUUAUUCUCGCGAUGGCUGCCUUGUAUCGAAUGAAUACGCCAGAAAGUUACGAAAAAAUGAAAGCUCUUGCGAAUGCUGCAAGCGAUGCUGGUCACGUUCCGAUGAGGAGGUCCCUGACUUACGCAGCAGCAUUGGCAUUAAACCAAAAUGAUCCACAGCUUUGCCUUAAUUUGCUGGCUCCUUCAAAGCAACAGAAUUAUGUCACAGUUCGCAAUUUGAAAGCGCUGGCUUUUGCCAAAGUUGGCCGACUGGAUGACACCAUGGCACUUUUACGUGCGUCGUUGGAAUAUGACAUGCCGGCUGAAGGAGGCAGAAAAAGAUCAUUUAAUAAAAAUAUUAUUGACUCAAUCGGUGAGCUUGUAAAGGAGUCUGGCAAUAAAGACAUUCAACUUGAGUUUGCUCGAAUUCUCAAGAAUAUGUCUGAUAGACAAAUGAUUGAAGAACAGUCAUUGGAGGCGUUAUUAGAUACUCCAAUUGAAAAACUGGAACCGCGUGAGCGCGAUUCUUGGAAUAAUAAUCGCAAUUUUGUUGAUCGUGGCAUGGUUAAGACGAACUUCAAUAAGCAAGAUAGAUAUGAUAGGAACACACGUCCUCUCUACCCACCUCGCAGACCUGGAUUAAACGAAAUGGAAUAAUUUUCUUAGUCAUGUAGCAACGUGUAACUAACUGUCUAAUUAAAAUAGAAAAUUCGUUGUAGUCAUUCCUAAA